AUGAGGACUCUUCGAUCAGAGUCAAAAAUGAAGGGCAACAAGUUCAGCAACACCUUUGAAGAAGCCAUUAACCUUGAUGACGACGAUUUCGUGAACAUUCAUUCAGGAGGUUCUAGUGUGGUGAUGCUUAGCAAGGAACCAUUAGCAAAAAAGAAGGUGAAAACGAGAUUUGAAAAAGGCGAAUCAAGUGUUAGUGUAAGUAAGAAAAAGAAAAGGAAAGAUGAACAUUAUGAAGAUAGUGAAGCUGAUGUUGAUGUUAAUGUAAGAAGAAGUGGUAGGAAAAAAACUAAAGUCUUAAAAAUUGAAGUUUCAAAGGAAGAUGAUAAGAAGAAAGGAAUGAAGAUAAGAAAAACGAAAAGAAAGAAUGUUGUAGAAAAUGAAGAUGCGGAUGUUGAGGACGACAAAACUCAGGAGUUGCAAAAAAUAAGUUGUCGUAUGUCCCCAAAAUCAAUGUAUAUGGCGGUGAAGGGAAUGUCAUACAGCCAGAAAGAAAUGCUUGCGUAUGCGGACAAAGUAGUUUUGAAUGGCUAUAAUCUCUGCAGAUCAAGGCCAUUGAUAAAUCAGAUUGACUCAGUGGAUUUGGAAAUGUUGGAGGAGCAUGGAUUGAGAAAUGGAGAAUUUGGAACCUUGGAGUUUCGUGCAGAUGGGGAAGUGGAUCCUAUUGAUGUAAAUGGUGAUGAGGAUAAGGUGGUAGAUGUGGAAUCAAUUGAAAAGCUAUAUAGUAGGAUCUGUGAUGAUAAGGAAAAAAUUGAGGAAGCAAUUAACAAGGGGUUAGAAGAGGAUGCAAAUGAUGAUGUGGUAAAAGAGUGGUUACGAAAGGUGCGAAAACUUUUUAAUGAAAAGAAUGUGGAACAUGUAGAUAAUAUCUCUCCCACAAAUGAAGUGACAAUGAAAACGCCCGUUAAAGUUGCAGUCAAUCCUGGGCAAAGUAAUUUUGUGAAAGGAAGUAGUUUUGUGAAAGGAAAUAGUCCCAUAUGCAAUGUUCAAUCUACUGGAAGGAAUAAUGAGAAGACAAAGAUUGUGGAUGGGUGCGACUCACCUUCCGUGCUCUUUCUGGAAUAUAAAGGAAAUACAUCAUUGGAUAGUCCAGUUGUUCUGACUCCUGGUUUUUUGAAUAUGUCUGAUGAGAUUGUGGAACGGAGCAUGAGAAAGAACAAGGAUUUUUGCAAAGAUGACAUACCAUCGUUCGAUUUGAGAAUAACACAAUUGAAUGAGGAAGAUAAGAGUAUGGAUGUUAAAGGAGGAAGCAAGCCAGUAAUUAGAUAUACAAAAAAAUCUGUAGCGGAAGACAAACUGAAAAAAAGAACUGGAAAAGAUAUUAUGGAAAGAGAAAUGGUGCAUGUUGAUAAGUUGAAAAAUGGGAAAGGUAAAAGGAAGGGGAAACUUGGACAAUUGGUGUGUUCACCAUAUGUAGAUCGGAUAACAGAUGUGGAUGAGGCGGUUAAAGAUGAUGAAAACGUUGUGGCUCAAAGCAUAAUAGCUUGGGGGAAAGAUAAAGGGGAAUUUAUAUGGGAAACUGUUGAUGGUCAUGGAAUGCAUUUGGAAGCUGCACGUACGUUAGCUAUGAGAAAAAAAGUGCAUACCAAUGUAAUAGACGCGUGGGCUGCUUUCCUUAAUAAAAUUGAAGAACUGAAGUCUGAGGCUUCUUACUCUAGGAUGUACUUCACAUGCGAUACGAUUACAGAUUACAUGGUUGAUGAAGCUGUAGAUGAGGAGCUAAGGUACAAUAAAUUCAUAAUUAUGUUUGUAGCUGUGAUGAAUGACAUAACGGACAAACCAGAUUUGAAAACGGUGGACUUGGUUUUCAUACCAAUUGUUGUUGAUGAAAGUUACUACCUAGUGUGUUUUUGUUUGAAAAGGGUUGCAUUUUAUAUAUUUGAUCACAUCAAGAGGUCUGGGACAAUCGAGUCUGCAUAUGGGAAUAUACCACGUAUCCUGAAAAGCUUCUUUUGUCGUUAUCUGAAUAGUGUUGAACACAAAAAAGCAAAUGUGUUACUUAAAAAAGAAGUUGUGGUUAUAAAAAUGAAGUGUCAAAGGAAUAUAGUUGGUGUUGACUGUGGAAUUUUCCUUAUGCGACACAUGGAAACAUACAUGGGAGAAGCGGCACAUAAAUGGGAUUGCGGUCUAUGUAUUGAUAAUAAAAUUCAAGAAAAGAUGUUGGGAAGGUUAAGGUAUAAGUAUCUGGAUAAGUUGAUGAUGUCGGAUUUUAAUGUUAUGAAGAAAACAUUCUUGAAGCAUUAUGCAGCUGUUAAAAAAAUGGAUAGGUUUGAAAGGAUGAAGGUGAUUGAAGAAAAGAAGAAGGAAAUCACAGGUGUACUGCAGUAG